AGUCGUGGGAUUUUGUGACAUUUGGGAUUCAGUGUAUUGGGAAAAAAAGUAAAUAAUAAUAAUUAAAUCAGUUCAGACGAAGAACUGUUGAAGUUGAAGAAACAUAAAUGAGUGAAUCGGCUCAGGUUGGCGACAUGAAGGAAGCGCACGGUAAACCAGCUGCUGCACAUGUUUAUGACCAUGUUAAGGAAUACUAUGGGAAAAUCCUGAAGCAGAGCUCUGAUUUGAAGAGCAAUGCAUGUGUCCCUUCAGCUAAACCCAUCCCCGUCUACAUUAGGAAAGCUCUGACCGAAGUUCACCCGGACGUCACAGCAAAGUACUAUGGCUGUGGUCUGGCAGUUCCAGAGUGUGUGGAGGGCUGCAGGAUGUUGGAUCUCGGCUGUGGCAGUGGACGUGACUGCUAUGUCCUCAGUCAGUUGGUGGGCGAGAGUGGGCAUGUGACUGGACUCGAUAUGACAGAACAUCAGCUUGAGGUCGCAAGAAUAUAUAUAGACUAUCACAUGGAGAAGUUUGGGUAUAAGGUGCCAAACGUCAACUUUAUUCAAGGAUACAUUGAGACCUUGAGGGAAGCAGGGCUGAAGGAUAACUCUUAUGAUAUAAUCAUAUCAAAUUGUGUGGUGAACCUUUCACCUGACAAGGCUAGUGUCCUGAACGAGGCUUACCAUGUAUUAAAGGAAGGGGGAGAGCUGUAUUUUAGUGACGUUUAUAGCAAUGCACCAAUUUCAGAAUCCCUUAGAGCCAACAAAGUUUUAUGGGGUGAGUGUCUGAGUGGAGCUCUUUGGUGGGAAGACCUUGUGCGACUGGCUGAGGAAGUUGGUUUCUGCAAACCCAGACUGGUCACAGCUAGUGUAAUUUCUGUAGGCAAUCAACAGCUAGAGAAUCUUCUAGCUGGCUACAAAUUUGUGUCUGCUACGUACCGUCUCUUCAAGAUACCAAAGAGUUCUAAAAAGGAACAAUGUUUUGUCAUGUAUGAUGGAAACAUUACAGGAUCAGAGGAGAAAGUUGAGUUUGAUGCUCAUUAUACUUUUAAGGUGAAUGAGGUGAUGGAGGUGGAUGGAGAUUUGGCCAACAUCUUGAAGAACUCCAGGUUUGCUGAAGAGUUCACUUUCCGGACUCAAGCACAAAGCAACACAAAAGCAGGAGCAUGCUGUUCCAAACCCAAGGUUAUGCCUGUGAACCCCUUCGAUCUGGCAGAGCAGCUGGUGCGUGCGAGUGUGGCUUCAUCCACAGGGUUGUGCUGUGGCCCUCGGGAGACAUGCUGUAUGUGAAAGUACAAAUAAAAUGUAAUAAUAAAGUAUUUAACUAUGAAUUUAGACAGUGUUAUUGACAGUGUUAUUUACAAAACAUUUCCAUUGAAUAUAAUAUUCUUAUAAUUUUGGGAUAAAAUAACGAAUAAAAAUUCAUAAGUCAUAAUUCAAUAUUCUUUAGUGUUAGUAGAGAAUUCAUCUAUAGAAAAGCAUAAAAAUAAUAUAUAAGUAAUAAUGGCAUAAUGCAUGUGACAAUGCAUGUAAUAAUGGUAAUAAUAAAAUAAAACAAUU